CGACAGAGCGACGCAGCGAUGCGAUAAACGGCGAGCGACGAACGACAUGGCGACAAUGACCCUCCCCCAGGGGGCGCUGCCGCAUCAGCAGCCGCGCAGUCGGCUUUCGAUCACGACGACGAAGGGUCUGACGAACCACCCGGGCGAGAACAACUGCUUCCUGAACAGCGCCGUGCAGGUGCUAUGGCAUCUGGACGUCUUCCGGCGUAGCUUCCGGGACCUGACGGGACACGCCUGCCUUGGCCACUCCUGCAUCUUCUGUGCCUUAAAGAUGUUGUUCACGCAGUUCCAGUAUAGUUCACAGAGCGCUCUCCCUCCCGAUGCACUGCGGAAGGCUCUAGCCGAGACGUUCCACGACCAGCAGCGCUUCCAGCUCGGCCUCAUGGACGACGCCGCCGAAUGCUUCGAGAACCUUCUCUACCGCAUACACUUCCACAUCGCGCACGGCGAGCAGGAAGAGGCCUGCGUCGCCCGCCACUGCGUGCCGCACCGCAAGUUCGCCAUGCGCGUCUCGGAGCAGUGCGUGUGCGCGGCGUGCGGCGCGCGCUCCGAGCCGCUGCCGUUCACGCAGAUGGUGCACUACGUAUCCGCCGCCGCUCUUGCGUCGCAGAGUCGUAUGAUGGAGGCGGAGGGCGACAUUGACACGCCGGAGAGAUUCGGGCGUCUGCUGCGCAGGGCCGGUGCCAUCGGCGAUAUGCGUAAUUGUCCGAAUAACUGUGGCNUGAUUGUAUCACAAUAA